AAGAAAUACCAUUUGAUAAACAAAAAAGAAUGGCUCCAACUUUGAAUGGUGAGGUAGACAUUGUGAUACCAACCAUAAGAAGCUUGAACUUCUUGGAGGAUUGGAGGCCAUUCUUUGAGCCAUACCAUUUGAUCAUCAUCCAAGAUGGAGAUCCCACCAAGGAAAUCAAGGUCCCUGAGGGCUUCGAUUACGAGCUCUACAAUCGCAAUGACAUCAACAGGAUUCUUGGUCCUAAGGCCAAUUGCAUCUCCUUCAAGGAUGGUGCUUGUCGUUGCUUUGGAUUCUUGGUUUCCAAGAAGAAGUUCAUCUAUACCGUUGAUGAUGAUUGCUUUGUGGCUAAGGAUCCAAGUGGGAAAGAAAUCGAUGCGUUGGCUAAGCAUCUUGAAAAUCUGACAAAACCAUCCACACCCUACUACUUCAACACUCUGUAUGAUCCAUACAGAGAAGGUGCUGAUUUCGUUCGAGGGUAUCCGUUUAGCUUGAGGGCAGGUGUGCCAACUGCUGUCUCUCAUGGACUCUGGCUUAACAUCCCUGAUUAUGAUGCCCCCACUCAGCUUGUCAAGCCUCUGGAUCGUAACACUAGUGUUGGUUCAAACAGGUAUGUGGAUGCUGUGUUGACAAUCCCCAAAGGGACUCUCUAUCCCAUGUGUGCUAUGAACCUUGCGUUUAACAGAGAACUUAUCGGUGCUGCUAUGUACUUUGGGAUUAUGGGUGAUGGCCAGCCUCUUGGCAGAUAUGAUGAUAUGUGGGCUGGCUGGUGUACCAAAGUGGUGUGUGAUCAUUUGGGCUAUGGUGUGAAGACAGGGCUGCCAUACUUAUGGCACAGCAAGGCUAGCAAUCCGUUUGUGAACCUGAAGAAGGAAUACAACGGGCUGUUCUGGCAAGAAGAGAUGAUUCCCUUCUUCCAAUCUGUGAUCUUACCAAAGAAAUGCACCAAUGCUCAAGAAUGCUAUCUCGAGCUCGCUAAGCAGGCAAAGGAAAAGCUUGGUCCAGUUGAUCCCUAUUUCAACAACCUUGCUGAUGCUAUGGUCACCUGGAUUGAGGCCUGGGAAGAAUUCAACGCACCAGCCAAAGUCAAGAACGGGACUGCUUAGUUGCCUAGUUCAUUUCAUUUCAUGAUGAAUCAAUCUUGAAACGAUAUUUCAUUCAGUUCUGUUUUUAUCAUUUCCUAGUUAGUGACUCAGUGUACUAGACUAUUGAGUUACCCUUGUCUGCAGCAACAUGUUAAUUGUUGCAAUAUAU